UCUGGAGAAGCUUCCGAAGACGCGAAACUUUAACUUUUGUCUUUGCUCUGCGCAGAAACACUCGGGCGUUUGCGAAUUCAGGGUGACUUUGGCUUUCUCUUUGAUACAUCACCAGCGUCUUCUCGAGGCCAGCAAGGACUCUGGAAGGUUGAGCCGCCUCAGGUCAGGGAUGGGAUCCGCUCUGCUGCUCCACAACCUGGACUUUCUCCUCGUCUCACUACUCAGCGGUUUAUACCUGGUUUACGCAGAUGAUGUGCUCACAAAAGAGGAACAGAUAGGCCUGUUGUUCAAAGCCAAACGGAAGUGUGAGGAGAACAUCAAGUCAAAGCACAACAUCCCUGAUGGUUUCUGCUCACCAGAAUGGGAUGGUAUCGUUUGUUGGCCUGAAGGGCCUCCGGGGAAGCUUGUAUCCACCACCUGUCCAGAGUAUAUCUAUGACUUCAACCAUAAAGGACUAGCAUACCGUAAAUGUGACAACAACGGAACAUGGAAGCUGGCCCCAACCAACAAGACGUGGGCCAAUUAUAACGAAUGUGCAAAAUUCCUUUACCCUUACAACUACAGCCAUGAAAAGGAGGUCUUUCACCGUCUGUAUCUUAUCUACACAGUGGGGUACUCCAUUUCUCUGGGAUCGCUCAUGGUGGCUGUCGUUAUCUUGGGAUAUUUUCGACGAUUACACUGUACCAGGAACUACAUUCACAUGCACCUAUUUGUGUCCUACAUGCUAAGAGCUAUAAGUAUAUUUGUGAAAGAUGUUGUGCUGUACUCUGGAUCAGCCUUAGAGAACAUGGAAAGAGUCACAGUGGAAGACCUGAAGUCCAUCACUGAGGCGCCACCUGCCAACAAGGCACAGUUUAUUGGCUGCAAGGUGGUCGUGACCUUUUUCCUGUACUUUCUGGCGACUAAUUACUACUGGAUUCUUGUUGAGGGUCUCUACCUCCACAGCCUCAUCUUCAUGACUUUCUUCUCAGAUAGAAAGUAUCUAUGGGGAUUUACUCUGAUUGGGUGGGGAGUACCAGCUAUGUUUGUGACAGCCUGGGCAGCUGUCAGAGCCAUAUUUGCAGACACAGAGUGUUGGGACUUAAGUGCAGGCAAUCUGAAAUGGAUAUAUCAAGCACCAAUCCUGGUGGCUGUAGCAGUGAACUUUAUAUUAUUUCUGAACAUCAUCAGAGUCUUGGCAACUAAACUACGAGAAACAAAUGCUGGAAGGUGUGACACCAGGCAACAGUACAGAAAACUGUUGAAGUCCACACUGGUGCUGAUGCCACUGUUUGGUGUCCACUACAUUAUAUUCAAUGCCAUGCCAUAUACAGAGGUGUCUGGAGUUCCCUGGCUGAUCCAGAUGCACUAUGAGAUGCUGUUUAACUCCUUCCAGGGAUUCUUAGUUGCAAUUAUAUACUGCUUUUGCAACGGGGAGGUGCAAGCUGAGAUCAAGAAGGCCUGGAGCCGGAGGACUCUGGCGCUGGACUUCAAAAGAAAAGCUCGGAGUGGCAGUAACACUUACAGCUAUGGACCGAUGGUAUCGCACACCAGUGUUACCAACGUCACUGCCAGAGGCCCGCUGGCUCUCCACCUCACCACGAGGCUGGGACCAGCAACUGUGAAUGGGCACCGGAACCUCCCGGGGUAUGUGAAAAACGGCUCCAUCUCAGAGAACUCUAUACCUUCGUCAGCACAGGAGCUCCACAUUCCUGAAGAAGAGCAUUCUGCUCACACACGGCCCUGUGAAGAUGAGAAACCCUCGCCUGUGGUGGAGGAGGAGAGGGAAACAGUCAUGUGAUCUCCAGAGAGCUGUGUAUAGGAAUGGAAACUGGAAAAGCAAAUGGCACAGUCUCAGGAUGAUCUGAGUGGGAUGUCUGCAUGUGUCAACACUGCCAGCUUUUUCUCCUGUGAAUCGAGCCAGAACAUUACUGACUGGUGAGACUGAAGGCAAAAAGGGUGUAUCACUUUCAUGAGCUGGACCGCCUUUAUUUGAAGGAUGCUGACCCUCAGUGUUGUGGCAAAUACUCUCAACUCUGUCAACAACCACCUGCCACAGUGAAUGUGUAAAAGGUUGAAAACAGACUGCCAUUUCUUAUUUGUCCUCCACUGCCUGAACUGUUGUUAUCUUGUUUCCUGGUGCUUUAUUGGCAAAUGUCUUGUGCUCAGCUUGUGUGCUUAAUUAAAACUGGGGUUAAUUACAGUUACAGUGACCAGGAAGAGCCUUAAUUACCAAUGUAAAGCCAGGUGGAUUUUGAGUGCACUAAGUGGUGCAUGUGUGGGCAAGUUCCCUAACAAGUUUUUGGAUUAAAUCAGUGGGAGUAGGCUAAGUGUUGGUUUGGCUUAAAAAAUUAUUAAUACAACUAUUUUGAGGGACGUGUUCAUGUUUUUUGGCAUAAAUUUAAUUUGUUCUGCAUUUCCUUAAAUCCACUUCAGUGUAAAAGGGAAGGUACUCAAGUAAUUGAAGUCCUCUGUUGUUGCACACCUAUGAUUAUACUUUAGUGGUGCUUCAGGAUGGUCAUCACUUCUCUCAUGAGGAUGUGGGUAUGUAAGGCUGUGUUAUACCUUCUUUUUUCAAAGUGUACAAUUUGUGCUGUUCAGAAAAACCCAGUAUUCAUCUCUCUAAUUACAUACAACAGAUUAUAACAGAGAUAAAAUUAAUGUUUCAUAUUCAGAUUUCUUCCAAAAAUACCUAACAAACAUACAUGAACAUGAUGCUGAAGUAAGAAUAUUAUUUUUCCUGAAUGUCUUUGCAGUCAGGGUGAGUUGAGGUAAAGGAGAAUUUUAUAGAAAUGUGAGGAGGAGACCUCAUUUAAGAACAAAGGGUGGAGGAAAUGGCUGCAUAUUCAAGUGGAAUGUUUAUUAAAUGAGGAAACCAAGAAAAUGUCAAAUUCUCCUCGAAUUCCAAGAGUAAGAUUUGUGGUGGAUAUGAAAGUAAACCGAGAAAUGGUUAAAACGGUAAAUUUGGCAGAUGGUCCAGUUUUGUGCUGCUUUUUGACGUACAGUAUAUAUACAAGUCACAAUGUUUACAAAAGUCAAAAAUACGUUCUAAGUGUGAGCUAACAGUGUUCAUGUGUAUGGAUAUGUUAUAAAGCCGUAUUUCAGUGUGCAUUUUUUUCAUGUGUUCUGUUUACAGAAUGUUUGUAAUAGUAGAUAAUGUACAUAAUUCAAAACUGGUGAAUAUAUUUACAGGUGACAGGGCGUUCAAACUAGCAUUUAAUGAAGCAUUCCACGAAAUAUUUUUAACUCUGCACCUUGUAACUUACUGCACUUAUCCUGCAGCGUUUGCAGGUUAGGUCAUAUAAUCUAUUAUACCAAAGAGUAGAGACAUGAUAUGUUGCAAGAAAAAAAAUGUUAUAUUGCAGGAUUUCUGUUUUUUUUUUUAGCCACCAUCUUGGUUACAAUGACCAACAAGUGUUAAAAGUCACCCAGUCUCCAAAACAUUUACUUGCUAUUGGAAAUUAGUGUCAGAAAAAUGUCAUGGUAAAAGUGUUGAAAUACAGACCCCAGAGCUUUGUUGCCAAUCCUCUGCUUGGCGUUUUUUAAAUUUUGUAAUUUUUUAAAUGUUUUUUUCUCAAGAGCUGUAUUGGUUGCAUUUUAAAAUAUAUUUUUUUGUGAAAACAAAUGUGGUUGUAUAUAGCAUAUGGUAUAAAACUACUGCAAGAUAGAGGAACACAUUUAUGUUUCUGGUUUACAGAUAGCCCCAACAAUUAUUUGAACCACACAAUUUUCUGCUGAUCACAGCUUGUCAGAAGUCUGAGAAGUGCAUUUUUACCCUUGCGAGAUUCAAAGUGAACCCAUCUUGGACAUUUCCAUGGGAACAGUCAGGAUUUCAACUUGAGGCUGAGUGGAAUAACUCCAACAGUAAUUAUAGUUGGCUGCCCAGUGAUGAAAGAAGGAAAGGACUAAGACUGAGGGAAGCUUUUGUCACUUCUUUUGAUAAUACAGUGGCAUUUUGUCAGCACGAUUGUUGUAUGUACAACAUUUAAAAUUGCAGCUGACUGAGUUUCUGGGUUUCUACUAAUUGCCACUGGGCAAGUACAAAUUAUGUUACCAUUGUGUAAUCCAGACCGCUUUUAAUUAAAUGGAUAGACAGUAUCCGAGCGUAAAAAUCUUUUAUUUAAAAAACUAUUUGAAAAUUAUAUUUGAGCACUUUAAUACCAUGCAAUACAACAGUUCAUUCUGAUUGUUUCAUGUAAAAUGGUUGUGUUUUGGAAUCAAGUGUACAAUAAGGCCAAUAAUCACAGAGCUAACAUUGUAUUUCAUCAUUUUCAAAUACCUCUCUUGGAAAUAUAAAAUGUGUGUCAUUGUCUUUUAUUUAUCUUGUGCUGAAAUGUAUUCAGUGGGCUUGACAUUGGUCUGCAUGCUUUAGAUGAUGUGUGGGCAGUGUUUUCUAACACUCAUGAUGUAGGCACCUUGUACAGUAAAUAUCAGUGUAAACUUGGAAUAAAACAGGAAGAUGUAUUCUGCUUGCUAAUGUUCUUUAUUGAAUUGUUAAUAACUCAAUAAAUGUGUAAUUUGACUGUACUCAGAUUCUAUCUUUCAAGAUUCUGGUGAAAACAAAACACC